UCCACUUGUUUUUUUGUCUAAUCAAAUAAAGAAGGUUAUUAAAGGCAGUGAUACAAUGCUAGAUUGUUCUUAUGAUUCAUACCCAGAACCAACGAAGGUUUAUUGGAAGAAGGAUGACAACAUCAUUCAAUCAUCAGACACCUUCAGAACGAAAUAUAAUGGCAGUUCAGUGGAAAUACCUGUGCUAGUCAUAUAUGGUACAACACAAAGUGAUUCUGGAAAUUAUAUCUGUGUUGUGGAAAAUUCUGUCGGUACUGGACACAGCAAAACACUUCAACUUAUAAUUAGAGAACCAGAAAAGAAUGUAUCAACAGCAGGAGCGAUAGUUGGUGGUGUAUUCGCAACUUUAAUUGCUAUAUUGGUUCUAAUUGGUUUGGUUGUCUUGUUUCGGAGACGUUCCAACAAUGUGAACAACGGAAAACCGUUACGACAAGAAACAAUAAGUAAUGCAGAAAAUGUUGAAUUGUUCACCGACGGGCGUGGUAACAGGGACAAUGGAUUGUAUUUAAAUGUUGCCAGAGUGUCUACUUCUCCUGCAGAGAACAUAAAGCCAUCCACAGUUCAAAUAUUAACAGGAGAUAAUGAAUAUUAUAACUUAUCAGAUGUACCAAGUUCGUGUAUCAGGGUGGAAGGCUUAAAACAGUAUAUUGAGAAAAGACAAAGAAACGAGGAACUUAAAAAUGAAUAUAAGAGCAUACCAAAUGUAGCGGUACAUCCGACAACGCAUGCCCAAACAAAGGAAAAUAUGCCAAAGAACAGAUUUAAAACAACAUUUCCAUAUGAUCACACUCGAGUCAUACUGAACUCCAAUGGAGGAUCUGAUUAUAUUAAUGCCAACUACGUCGAUGGUUUUGAAAAGGAAAAAUGCUAUAUUGCGUGUCAAGGUCCAAUCAAAACUACAGUGGCAGAUCACUGGAAAAUGAUAUGGCAGGAAAAUAUUUAUCAAAUUGUAAUGUUGACAAACUUGGUGGAAGGUAUUAAGAAUAAGUGUGAACAAUACUGGCCUAGUGGUGGUAAACAAAUGGUACAUGGAAAUUUGAGUCUCCGUCUAAAUGAUGAAAAAGAAAGAACAGCAUAUGUCACAAGAGAAAUAACAAUUGAAGACAAAAAGACUAACAAAAAGCGUAAGGUGACGCAAUACCAUUUCACAGCUUGGCCAGAUCAUGGAACUCCAGAUCCAUUGUAUCUUGUACUGUUUCACAGACAUGUGAUGUCUGAUACGAAAGCUGGACAUUCAGGACCUUUGUUGGUGCAUUGCAGCGCUGGUAUUGGAAGAACUGGGACAUAUAUUGCCCUUGAUGCUCUGUUUGAGGAAGGUCGUACUACAGAAUUUCUUGACAUUUUCAAAUUUCUGAAGAAAAUGAGAUACAGCCGGAUGAAUAUGAUUCAAACUCCGGAUCAGUACGUAUGUUUGCACUAUGCCCUUCUUCAAGCUUUCACUAUGAAAGAAACAAAAAUUCGUAAAGACGUGUUCAGUGAAGUGUGGACGAGUAUAUUGACAGAUAAGAGACCGGUCAAUCAUCAAAGACUGGACAAAGAAUUCAAGGAACUGCAACAACAUGUAAGAGAAAUAAAGGGUCUAUCAACCUCAAUGCUAAAUGCGAAGAAGGAUGAUCAGAACCAAAACCAAUAUAAUGCUGCAAUGAGUACAACAAACUUAGCGAAAAACAGAAACAAAGAUGUUCUACCCAUGGGUGAUAUGAGAGUUUAUCUUGUAUCCUAUGGAAAAGGAAGAUCAGAUUAUAUAAAUGCAGUACAAGUGCCUUCUUACACCAAGUUUGUUGGAUACAUUACCACACAACUACCAUUACCAGAUACUAAGGUAGAUUUCUGGACAAUGAUACGGGACCACAGCUCUUCGACCAUUGUACUGAUUAUUAACCACAAAAAAGAGGCUGACCUAGUGUACUCACAGUCGGAUGAUAUAAUAAUCAUUGGUCAAUUCAGUAUAAAGAUAUCGGCACGAAAAUUAGAAGAAAAUGACAUCACAGAGGCAACCAUUGUUCUCUCUAAAAAAGAUGAAAAACCGAGACAAGUUGUGUUGUUUCAAGCUAUAUGUAGCAGUAUACCUGACCCCGCUGUACUCUGUAAACUUGCUGACCUUAUUUCAACACGUGCAACUAUGUCAAAUGAUCCGAUAACAGUAGUAAGCAGUGACGGUGCCAGGAAUUGUGGACUGUUCUGUGCUUUCACUAAUGCCGUGUCAAGCAUGCAGAUUGAUAACAAUGCAGAUAUCUUCCAACUUGUGACACUUCUACAAUUGAGACGUCCCGAGUUCUUCACAGACUUUGAGGAAUACAAAAGAUGUUAUGAAGCUUUGCAUGUUCACCUGGAAUCUGCAAAUGUUUAUGCAAAUUUUUAGUUUUAAUCAAAUGAAUGUAAAGAAUGAGAAGGAAACCUGUUGUACUGUUUCAUUAUCAAUGAUCUAUUUGUAAAUAUUGCUACAUACAUUCUGCUUAUGUUGUUUUUCUACAGCACAACUUUUUAUAAAUCAAGAAGCUGUUUAUUUUCAUUUGAAUAUUUUAUACUCAAUAUAUUUUUUCUUUCAGUUGUAAUGGGAAUUUUGUUAAUCAUAAUGCAUAUAAACUGUAAUUUUAUUCUCUAAAAUUGAAUGUAUUGUAUACACCAUCACAAUGUUUAACUGACCAAAUUUAAGUCAAGUCGUAAGCUAAUGUUAUCAUAGACUCUUCAAGGUUUUAGAUUAUCGUAGACUAUUCAAGGUUAUCUUAGACGCUGCAAUGUUAUCGUAGACUCCUCAGUUUAUCGUAGACACUUUAAUGUUAUCGUAGACUCUUCAAGGUUAUAGUAGACUCUUCAAGGUUUUCAUAGCGUCUUCAAUGUUAUCGUAGACACUUCAAUGUUAUCGUAGACACGUAAAAGUUGUCGAAGACACUUCAAGUUUAUCGUCGACACUUCAAGGUGAUCGUCGACUCUUCAAGGUUCUUAAGAAAGAUCAUUAGUCGUUGUUACUUUAUUUUGACCUUGUUUGAAUAGUUUUAUUCCCAUUGUCAAUGUUACGAUUUAUGCGCAAAACAUAAUUUCAAUGUUUAUGUAAAUAUGUAUUAGAGAUCUAAUUUUUAUCAUUUAUUAAGUUUGAUUUCGCUUAGAGUAAACUGUAAAAUGCGAGGCUAAUUAUCUAAAAUUUUUCUCAGAACAUUAUUUAUUCUAAUCAAAUACGCCAGAUCACCAUUUGAUGCAUGGAAAAGCUACAUUACCGUGUAUACAUUACAUAGAAGGACAAUAGUAUUAGCUUAGCACAUUCUACUUUAAAACAUAGCUAUUCCAUUUAGGCUUUAUUUAUAUCCUGAGUCCAUUCAACAUAUUCUAAUUGUCUAUAGAAUCCAAUUAUGCAAGUCAUCUAUUUCUUUCUUAUAUACUUUAAAUGCUUCGAUAUUUCUGAGAACUUGGUUAAGUGGAUCCGAUUUCAAAUUGAAGCUGUCAUUUUGUCAUCUUAGUCAACACAUCUAAGAAUUUAACAUAUUUAAAGUAACGUGGAAAGUAUUUGCAUUUCAGCAACUGUUACAAUCUUUCAGUAUUUUGAUCAUUAAUGAAAGGCAUAGUUUUGUUCACAUAUACACAGAUACACAUUCUAAUAUUCAUGAAAACUUGCAUCGGUUAUCGCUAAAUGUUAAUGGGUCGUUUUAAAAAAUAUUGCUUGACUUCUUAAAAAAAAAACCAUCUGAGUGACACUUUAAUUAAUUUUUUUAUGAAACACUGUUGCACUUGCGAUAAAAUCAUAUUUUAUUCCAUUGGCAUCUUUUGCAAGAUUAUGUUACUACAUUUUUACUUUUGAUAAUAUUUCAACUAUAAUUUAUAUAACGACAGAAUCCGAUUAAUUUUUUUUAUUUUGGCUCCAAAUCAGUAAUAUUCCGAUGGAAAGACAACUCAUAAUUAGACAUGAAAUCAUAGUCACUUUUCUUUGAAAUGACUUAAUCAUAAGUUACAGAGUCAUUCCAAUGGGCCGUAAUUAUCUUACCGUAAUGUUUGAAUCUGAGUACGAAGUUAAAAGCACAAGUUACGUGAAUUGUAAUCGACAUAUUGAUCAUAGGGUAAGGUGAAAACUAUCUACUUGUAAUAUAAAAGUAAGAGCACCACUUAUCAUAAUUGAAGCUAAGACCUAGUUGUAAGUUGUGAACUGGUUUGUUGGAAUACCGAGCUAGUGCAACGAUAAAGUUAACUCUAUAUACUGUGUCGAUGUACAGGUAUAUAUAACGCAAAAUAAAAGAACCACUAUAUAUUCAAUAGAGUUCCUGAAUGACAGCAUUCAUUAUACGUAUGCUUCUAUAUGUAUGGUGUAUAUUAUCUAUAUACUAUCUACAACUGCAUUUUAUUGUAAACCUUGCUUUUAACAUGUUUUAUCCAGUAUAUAAUUGGUUUUAUUUCGUUUUCUUUUACUGUGAUAGCUUUUAAUAAAAUUUGCUUUCGCUUA